UAGGAGAACUUGCACAAUUGGUGGUUGACUAAAUACUUAUUUGCCCAACUGUAUAUAAAAAUCGCACAUAUUGUUUUGCGACUUAUAGGAGGGUCAACCUAAAAUACCAACUUUUUUAACCACAAUCUAUGGGUGCCACCUAUCUGCCAGAGUGACCUGUCCCUGAGUGAGUAUAGUAUACUGUAUUUCAAUAUAUUUGGGACCUCUUAUAUCUAAUUCGACUGAAAUAUUGUUUCAAGCAUUUGAUAAUGCUCCAUAACAUGAAUACAGUCCUAAAAUGGUACUAACAUGCCGUUACUGAUAAGUUCAAUAUCACACAAUGUUAUUCUCAUGGCAUGGUGUAUGUUGACCAGUUUUAUUUUCACGGCAGAAAUAAAAGCUACUGUUGCUUUAAUUCAACUCGUGGUAAAAUACACACAAACGUUAUCACUAGUUGAGCAGAUCAAUACAGACCACUUGCACCAAACAACAAUGGAGAACAUUCAGUCGCAGGCAGACCCAAGAGCGGAAUCUCCAGUGGAGCCAAAUAUUUCUGAAGAGUUUCGUGCAAAUCUGCGUUCACGCUCUCAGAAAAUUCAAGGAGCGAGAGCUUUGGUUCCACACCGUCGGGUGACUCUUCUACUUUUGGGCCUGCUGAAUGCUGUUCUACUAAUAACUGCUAUUGUCCUCAUCAUUUUUUGUGCCAACGCUAACGAGUAUCAACUUCUGACGCCUCAUUCGGCCGUCGCGUCCCUCCUCAUCGAGCGUAGUUACCUACGCAACCACAGUAACACCCUGAAAACGCAGCAGGACGCAGAAGAAACAUUGGUGAAGGAAAAGGAAAACAGCGUUAAGCUCCAGCUGAAAAUGAAACAAGAAGUGAGAAUUAGCGACACUCUUCGGAGACGGGUUGAAUUACUUCAUAAAGAAGAGGACGAAAUAAUCGCCAAUAUAGAUGUUAUAGAACAAAGCUGUGGUAGCUGUCCAGCAGGAUGGAUCCUUCUCAAAUCAACCUGCUAUUAUUUUUCUCUACCUGAGCCCGAUGCCAAAAAGAACUGGUCGGACAGCAGAGCAGACUGCAUUGAUCGAGGCGGAGACCUGUUAGUGAUCGACAACUUGCAGGAACAGAUACUUAUAAGUGAAAACAUUCCAAAAGCGAGCUCCACUUCAGGUUUUUGGUGGCAGAACGGCUUCUGGAUGGGUCUACGAGACACCCAGUCACGGGGAACGUGGAUGUGGAUAAAUAACUCGACGGUGGCUGACACAGGGUACUGGCGGGAACACCAACCCAGCACCAUUGGACCUCAGACUGGGGACUGCGCAGCCUUCUUUUACUUUAUCGACACCACAAAAACAUGGUACAAUGGAAACUGCCAGGACCACCUGUACAAUUGGAUAUGCGAGAUGGUUGCAAAGCCCCUGGAGUAGAAUAAACUGAAUUUAGAAAUCCUGUUUAUGUGAAUUGUUCCAAUAAACAUGAGUGAAAAGAAAUGAGUGGAAAGUAAA